AUGGUACAACAAGGAAAAAAGGGCAACGACCUUCCCAACGGCGGCACAAAGUAUAGAGAGCAACCAGGAAACAUGACGUCGCAGAGAAAAGAUAUGGGGGAUGCUCGAGGAAAUGGUAAUGGAAAGGUUGAUGGCAGAUCGCAAAAUGGUAACUCGAGCUUUUUCCGUACAGACACUGCGAUUUCGGGCAACCGAAACCAAGGAGAGCGUGUAUUACAAAGAUGGGUUCCUGACAAGCCCGUCGAUAGUGAUGGUGGCUUGGAAUCAGGUCGAGGAGGAAGAGUGGCUCCUUGGGACCAGUUCGCAGAGAAUGAGCGUCGAUUUGGCUUGAAGACAGACUACGAUGAGAAUAUCUACACAACCCAGAUCAACACAAGUCACCCGCAAUAUUCACAGAGAGUCGCAGAGGCAGACAGAAAGGCAAGAGAAAUUGAACGCAGCACGGCAAUGAACUCUCAUGUUGCCGAAGAACGUAUUGCGGACCACACCGGACCAAAUGAGAAUGGACUUGAUGAAGAAGACAAAUACAGUGGCGUUCGCAGACAACAGGAUUUCCCACCCCUCACCGCAUCGAAGGGUGCAUAUCAACCACCUGGAAAGCGUGCUCCUGUUGACCGCGCACCCGCAGCUGCUCCAGUUGCUGCUCCAGUUGCUACUCCGGUUAUUGCUCCGGUUGCUACUCCAGUCACUGCCCCAGUUACUGCUCCAGCAGAUCGUACUCUUGUCGAUUCAGCCAUCAUGUUUGCAGGAGCGAAGGCUGAUAAACCCGCCGAUAAACCCACCGAGAAGGCAAAACCAGCUCCAGCCGCAAAGUCAACAAAGCCAGAGGUCGCAACUCCACCUCCUACUACUGAUUCCAGUACCACUCCCACUCCAGAGCUCAAAAAGACUGUGGCUCCUUCUGCAAGCCGCGCAAUCCUUCCACCAGUCAAGCAUAUGGGUGGGCCAAAUGCAACUGCAACUGUCGAGGCUGAUGUUUCCAAGGCUUUCAGGACCUUUGCUGCCACUCAAAGAAACAAUGUUUCACAAAUUCGCGCCAACAAGAUCAAGAAUGAUAAGCAAAUCAAAUUGAAUGACCUGAAGAGGUUUGCCAAUGAUUUCAAGUUGCAUACUCCAGUUCCAUCAGAUCUUGUUCCUAUCAUUGCCAAGGAUCCAGCAAAGCAAAAGGCGAUCCAAGAGAAAGCACAACGCAAUGCGGAAGAAGCAAAGCUCAAUCCUACUGAUUCGGCGAAGCCAAUUACACAAGGUGCUGAUGGAGUAUCUGCACAGCGUUCCGCUACUACAACCUCUACUCAUACUACAUCGCCACCACCUGUUACAUCUGUUCGCCAAACCGUCAAUCGUGGACCUCAUCCUCAAGGUACUCACAGCUUCACGCAAAACUCUCGAGGUGAUAGACCUGUUCAAGCACAGCAGACGAUGCCCCGAAGUGGCACAGCCGGGCACUUGGCUCAGCGAUUAAGAAAUAUCGAACAAAGUAGACCAGCUCAAGUCCCAUCCAAUGUCAUGCCAGCUCAUGAAGCUAGACUUCCUCCUACUGGUCCUUCGAACACUGCCGAUCCAAAUUUCUCUCGUCGUUCAAGUGGCGUGGCAAGUGCGCAAGGUGGUCCGAGAUUGAAUGCUAGCGUCAGCGAAUUUCGCCCGAAUGCAUUCGCAAAAGACUUUAGUCCCGCUGGUCCAAGCAGUGGCUCGAGUCCUCGUUCAGCAGCCAAUGCUCCAGAGGCUUCAACAACACCCGUUGCGCGUUCCUUAAUUCGCCGUAAGCCAAUGGCAAAGGCUACUCGUCCUUCACUGAAAGGCAAAUAUGAUGCAAUGGAGCUCAUCAAGACCCUUAAGCCGGGAGAGGGGAAGAAUUGGCUAGCAAACGGUGGUUUGAAGCCAGCUUAUGAUACUCAUUUGCUAUGGAAACUCACGGCUAGUGAUGCACCUACGGAGUCUUAUAUACAAGUCUUUGAAAAGGCACCAUUCCCUACUACCACACCAGUUGUAUCGGAGCCUCACCCACCACAAGCAGCUCCACAGGUACCACACCAACAUCAAUUGCCAUUCCAUCUUCAAUCUGGCGUCCACAACAUUAACGCUAGACAAUCCCCACGUCAACCACCUAUCAACAUGCAUGGAGCUCAGAUGGGUCAUCCUGCCCCAACAUUCAAUGCUGAUGAAUUGCGUAUGAUGCCGUCACAUUCUGCACAAUCCUUUUCAUCACCAAGAAUGCAACAGCUUCCAAUGGCAGCUUUCCAUUCUCCAAUGGGUGGAAAUGCUCAAUUGGCUUACAACCCACAGAUGGUCUCUUAUCCUGGUGCACCUCAAAUGCCACCAUUCAGAUCCCUUUCUCAAACUCAUCAAUUUAUGCCACAACAAGGUCAUAUGGGUCAACCAAUUAUGAUGGGUAACCCUGCAGGUGGAUUCAUUCCUCCACAAACAAUGGGACCUGGUCCACAAAUGAUGUAUCCACCCGCACAAGGUCAAUUCAUGCCACCAAACAAUGGACAUCCUCCAGCUAUGCUAAAUGGAGGUUAUCCAAGUCCUGGCCGAGGUGCUCCAAUGAUGAUGAGUCAAGGUUCGCAACAAGGUCAUCCACAACCUAUGUAUGGUAUGAGCCCAGUCCCUCAAUAUGGAACGCCCGUUUUCCCUCAACCAAUCCCAAAUCAAAUGCCAAUGCGAGGUGGUGCUUAUGGAGCACCUAACCAAUACGCUACAAGCCCUCAAAAUCUUCAAGGGGGUCCAAGAAAUCAAUAUAACCCAGAUUUCAAUGGCAACAAACAAAAUUUUCGACACCACCAACACCCACAUGGCCCACCCAACAACCAAGUCCCUACUGGCCCUCAAGCUCAAACUAAUCCUGGAGCUGAUGAGAGUAAAUGA